AUGAUCAAGAAAUUUGGAAUGGACAUUGCAGCACACAAAAAAACUCCAGCUGCUACUCACUUGAAGUUAACCAAAGAUGAGAAAGGCAUUGAUGUUGAUCAAAGCUUAUACAGAAGCAUGAUUGGUAGUCUUUUGUAUCUCACAACAAGUAGACCUGACAUCACUUUUGCUGUUGGUGUGUGUGCAAGAUAUCAGGCCAAACCAAAGAUGAGCCACCUUGUACAAGUCAAAAGAGUUCUGAAGUAUAUUAAUGGGACCAGUGACUAUGGGAUUCUGUACUCACAGACAAAGAACUCUACCUUAGUAGGGUAUUGUGAUGCUGACUGGGUUGGAAGUGCUGAUGAAAGGAAAAGUACAUCAGGAAGUUGCUUCUUUCUAGGUGACAACCUAAUUUCAUGGAAGCAGUUGCUCUCAACUGAUGUGGAUGAAGCAAAUGCUGAAGGAAUAUAA